GCUCCUAAGUUCUUCCUCAUGUCAUGAUGCCUUUCUAGCGCUGGAAGAGGAAAGAAGCACAUAGCUUGCCUGGUACUGUACAUAUCACACAUACCUGUGAGGAGGAUACUGUACCUGACUGCUAAAAAGGAUCACAAUGGGUGACCACUCAGAACUGAAGAUUGUUCUGUUGGGAUGUAGAGGUGCUGGAAAGAGUUCAACAGGAAACACCAUCAUUGGAAAGGAGCAAUUUGAUUUAAAGAGAUCACCUGUGUGUGUUACAAGACAUGGGACGACAGAAACAGGGCGGCGGAUCACAGUGGUAGAGGCCCCUGGCUGGUGGAGCACCUAUCCUGUGAAGAACCUUGCGGUGUUGAGUAAGCAGGAAAUAGAGCUCAGCCCCACUCUGUGUCGCCCUACGGGACCCCAUGCGUUUGUCCUCGUCGUACGGGCAGACACCCCGUUCACAGAGGCACACAGAGUAGCUGUGGAGGAACAUCUCGAUCUUCUCACUUUGGGCGUCUGGUGCUACACUCUUGUGCUGUUCACUUGCGGAGACCAACUGGGGAGCAUCACCAUUGAGCAGCACAUAGAGCAUGAAGGCAAGCCCCUGCAGUGGCUUAUUCGGACAUGUUUUAACAAGUAUCAUGUUUUCAACAACCAGGAAAAGCAGAGUGUCACUCAGGUUGAAAAGCUUGUGGAGCAGAUAGACGAGAUGGUGGCUAGAUACAAGUGGUAUUGCUAUGGACAAAAUGACUGGAAAUUUCAGAGAGAGGAGAGAAGGAGAGAAGAGAGAGGGAAAGAAGAGCGGGAAAGGGCAAUUAAGAAAAGGACAACAGUGUUGGAACAGAGGAGGGAACGGAGUCAGAUUGGUGAUGCACAUGUCAUAUCACAUCUGAGGAUUGUGCUACUUGGCAACAGAGCCGCUGGAAAGAGUUCAACAGGAAACACCAUUCUGGGAAAAGAAGCAUUUGUCUUGAAGAGAUCUGCCCAAUGUGUGAAGAGAGAAGGAGAGGUGUUAGGCAGGCAGGUAACGGUCAUUGAGGCACCAGGCUGGUGGAAGAACUUCUGCGUAGAGCACACACCCGCGUUAAACAAACGGGAGGUUGAGAUUAGCACAUCCAUGUGUUCCCCAGGGCCUCAUGCAUUCCUCUUGAUCAUACGGCUAGAUACUUCUUUCACCGAAAAGCACCGAAGAGUAGCAAAAGAACAUCUAGAACUUCUCGGUGAGAGGUGCUGGGGCCACACAAUGGUGCUGUUCACCUGUGGGGACUGGCUGGGGGACACACCCGUUGAGGAGCACAUUGAAGCUGAGGGCAUGGCUCUCCAGUGGGUGAUUGAGAAAUGUGCCAACAGGUAUCAUGUUGUAGACAAUCAGAAUAGAGGCGACAAUGCUCAAGUCACAGAACUUCUGGAGAAAGUAGAGGACUGGUUUGGAGGACGUGAUGAUCGUUAUGAUGAAAUGGACAUGGACAUUUUAGACUACUGUAAUUCUACUGAAGAAAAUAAUCAGAUGGCUGAAAUGGAACAAAGACAAGAGGCAGCAUUAAAGCCAGAGAUAAGUGUCAGAUUAGUAAGGGCUAAUAGUCCAAUACUCAAGGAGAUGAGGGUGGUCUUGCUUGGACACACUGCCAGUGGAAAGUCCUCAGCCGUAAACACCAUCCUGGGCAGAGAGGAAUCUGACAUGCCCCCAGGGACACCUUGUUGCAUGAAGAGAGUAGGAUACCUGGCAGGGAGACAGAUUACAUUGGUCGACACCCCAGGUUGGUGGAGUAACUCGCUGCUCCAAAACACUUCUAAAUGCACUCAAAGGGAGAUACGGCGUAGCACAUAUCUGUGUCCUCCUGGACCACACGCCGUGCUGCUGGUCAUCCGGGCGGACUGUGCAUUCCAGGAGAGAAGCCGGGUGGCACUGCAGGAGCACCUUGGCCUACUCAGCGUGUGUGUGUGGAGACACGUUAUGGUAUUGUUCACUUAUGGAGACUGGCUGGGGGACACAUCCAUUGACAAGCACAUCGCGAGCGAAGGAGAAGCCUUGAAGUGGGUUGUUGAGAGCUGUGGUAACCGGUACCACGUUCUCAACAACAAGCACAGAGGAGACUCUACCCAGGUGACCGAGCUGCUAGAGAAGAUGGAGGACAUGGUGGAGGCAAAUAAUGGUGGCCAUUAUGAGAUGAUGGGUGAAGAAAAUCACAGUAAUGACUUUGGGCCACCAAAUAUGACGAGAGAACCCCAACCGGGGUUGCCAAUCUGGGAUGCAAAGAUGGACUCAACAAUCGCAAAACGUCGAAAAAUGAAUCAUAGCAUGGAGUUUUGUCCACAAACUAUGCAGGGGGAAGACAACUCUGAUGCUGCCUAUGUGUCUGGGAUUACUCAAUGUCUUCAAGUCAGUGAGUGUGGAAGUGGGCCGUUCUCAUCAGCUUCCACUUUUAAGAGUUCUGGGUUCAGCUCUCUACCCAAAGCCACAGGAGACACAAGAGACACAUGAACGUUAAGCUAAUGCAUCUGUAAUAGUAUGCUUGUCAUUUUAGGGAGAAAUUAGUUGCUGUUCAGAAAGUGAUAAUGAUGAGGUAUUAUAUAUAAUGUCAUACAGCCUGUCAUUUUACUUCAAAUGUGUCAAAGGCUCAGUUACUGGGGUCAAUUCCAAUUCCAUAUCCUUCUUAACUACCCGGAACUCCACUAAUUCAUGUCAUCUUAAAUAUUCUUCUUUUAUAAGAUACCAUACUCUACUGUAGUUAUUGCUGGUGUCUGUCAAGAAAAACAAUAAGUGGUGUGAUCUAUGAACACCCAUCGUAUGGUACACUCAAACGUCCUUGUUUUUUGCCCCAUUUCACCCCUCCCUGGUGAAAUUUGACCAGCUUAAGUAUUUGAUGUCAUCCUAGCAACAUUCUUGACACUAUCCCCUGGCAAAAUCCUGGAUACCAUCCUCCCAAAAUCUUAUAUCUUGAAUGGUAUCAGAAUCAUGAUGAUGAGUUUCCCCAGAUUGCAACACACACACACACACACACACACACACACACACACACACACACACACACACACACACACACACACACACACACACACACACGUGUACUGUAUACUGUUUAUAAAGAUAGAUAUAGAUAAAUAUAUUAUAUUAUAUUAUAUAGAAAGCGUGUCUUGUUUUUUAUUUUACUUUGUAACAAUAUAUUUUCUAAAUAUGUACACAGUCAUAGUCCAGGAUGCUUUCCUAAUCAUGUUCCAAAAGGAAGGCCCAGUUUGAUCAAGUACAUUUUAUAAUGUUGAUUUCAACAA